UGAUUUAUAUCAAAUAAAGAAUACAUCUCACCCAUCCCGACAAUGAUACAUACAUGGUUUGUAUUGUAUAAAACCAGAAAUAUUUGAUCUGUUCGAUGUUCUCAACAGAAGACCAGGAAAAUCAGGCUGUACGUCUCUUAUUUUGAAGGCUACACCCCGGAAGCGGAUCUUAUGCAGCGCGCUUGAACCGCAGCACGAGGAAGCGCCACCGGAGCUCGACUUGUUGAUCGGAGCUGUUACACUUAUUGACUUGUUGUUUCCGGGCGGUUCUGAAACGAUGGACUAAUCCGGGUCCCGGUGCGACGGUGUUAGCGGUUAGCUUGUUUGCUUCAGGUGACGUUUAUUUGACAAUAUAACAUGUCGGCAGGGGACCAGAGAUCAACGUUUCUCUACAAGCUGCCUCCUCCGGUCCUGUGGGAGUUCUGCCUGGUCAUGGACGGACUGUCGGACCUGGACUGGACUCGCUUCGAGGUCCUUGGGGAUCAGACUGCUGUACGAUUGGCCGAGAAGAGGGAGAGGCGGACCGACUGGGUGAUGAACCAAUGGUGUAACAGAAACGGGAGCGUCGGGGAGCUGCUCGAGCUGUUGGAGCGGCUGGAGAUGCUCCGCCCCCGUGAUGUCAUCCUGCGCUGGGCCUCGAGUCUGAAGCCUUCCCCCGUCCCACCUCUUCCUUCUCAUAAACAGUCUGAGGCCACGCCCACACUGAGCACUGUAAGAGUGGGCUACACAGCCAAUGAAGAAGGAGGAAGACCCCUCCCCAGACCGCCCCCUCCCCCCCCCAUUCUGCACUCUGACGUCCCUCAAACUGCCCAGCCCCCCCAGUUGGUGUCGAGCAGCAGUGGGGUGAUGUGCUGGUCUUAUGAAGAGGUGCAUGCUGGGACGGGGGGCUUCUCCCCCUCCCUGCAGGUGGGGGAGGGGGGGUUUGGAGUGGUGUACAGAGCGUCCCUGAGGAACACCGACUGUGCCGUCAAGAGACUGAAACAGGACUGUCUGCUGGACUGGAUUCAGCUGAGGGAGAGUUUUCAGAAUGAAGUGGACCAGCUGUCAAAGUUCAGACAUCCUCACAUCGUGGAUCUUUUGGGUUUCAGUGAAGGACCAGAAACAGUUUGUUUGAUCUACAGCUACAUGGAGCUGAGAUCCCUGGAGGACCAGCUACACAAAGAGUGUGUGUCUCUGACCUGGUCUCAGAGGGUGGGCGUUGUUAAAGGAGCCUCUGCGGCGCUGCAGUUCCUUCACUUCCCCCCCGACGGCCACGCGGCGCUGAUCCACGGCGACGUAAAGAGCUCAAACAUCCUGCUGGACCGCCACCUAGUGGCCAAGUUGGCCGAUUUUGGUCUGGCCCGGUUGGCGCAUCGCCGGCCCGCAGGUCGCUCGGCGGGCCAGACGGCAUCAGUGGGUAAAACGGCGACGGUCAGAGGGACGCUGGCCUACCUUCCCGUAGAGUACGUGAGGAACGGGGAGCUCGGGACAGCUGUGGACGUCUACAGCUUCGGGGUGGUGCUGUUGGAGGUUCUGACGGGACGUCGAGCUCUGGAGUUGGGCAGGAAGUCAGGAGAGACAUACCUGAAGGACUUGGUGGAGGAGGUUGAGGAGAAUCUGACUGGUUCGUCUGCAGAGGCCUGGAGAAAGCAGCUUGACCACCGGCUGAUCCCAGGGGACGCUGCGGAGCCGCCUGGCUGCAUGGAGCUAGUGGACCUGGCUUGCAAGUGUCUGGACAAGAAGAGGAAGAAGAGGCCAGCGAUGACAGAGGUGUUUGAUAAACUUCAGAAUAUCCACGUCAUCACGUGUCUGACCGGGACGUCGCCCCUCCAUCACCCUGAUCUUCACCCCCCCUCCCUGUCCUUACCCAAACCCCCCCACCCCCUGGACUCCAGUGUGGGACCGUUGUCCAACCAGCUGUCUAAACUGGGACCACUGGAGGACACAUACCAGCUCUCCCAGUCCUCCCUGUUGUCCUCCUUCUGCUCCCUCACGGCUCCUCACUCCUCCUCCUCCCUCACCGGUCCAUGUGAAACCGAUGAGAGUCAAGGCUUCUCCCAGUAUGACAUUCGUUCCCAGUUCAGGUCUAACGAGACCAGCUCCAAUUCUCCAUCGCCAGCCACCAGAGACCAUUACCACUGUCCAACUGGGCCCACAGAGUCCCAGGAGCCUUCGGUCCCCAGUGAAGACCAGUACAACUUCCCUCCCCCCCGAGGACCAGACACUAAAGGGCUCUGUGGUGUCCCAGAAUGCUUCUCUCCUGUGGGGCCCCUGCAGUCGUUGUCCCCGGAGCCCUCGGGUCCCUCAGCAGUCCUCAUGAUUCCCAGUCAGCAGCGUUUCCUGCACAAAGAGCAAAGGAUUCAAGCGGCUCAGCUGCUGUCGUCUGAUAACCUCUAUGGAGGGAGGCGUUCUGACCAGGGACCGGAGGAGAGCGACGAGUACCUUCCUGCUCAGCACGACUGAACUCUUCCAGAGUCUGAUCCUGAAUCCCGACUGUGAAGAAUAAUCAAUGUUUGUUCUGUGAACUGUUUGGUAGAACGUGUGAAGAACAACGUUCACGAAGUUUAUACAAAUCAAUAAACACACAGCCUUCAUGUACAGAACGUGAAGGUUUGAUAUCAAA